AUGUUUGCAAAGGGUUCGGCUAUUGGACAAGAUGUCGUGAACAAGGUUAAAGCAUUUGAUGAAAAGCAUCAGUUAAUAGCAAGUGCAUCAGAGAAGGCCAUUUCCUUUUACAGGAAAGUAGGGCUUACAGAGAAAUUGACAGUAGGCAUUUUCGUGGUUAAUGAGAAAGUGAAGUCUGUUGAUAUUAAACAAUGGCAGCAAUAUUUUCAACAGAGAAAAUUGAAUGAUACAUGGUUAGCUGUCCAAACAAGCAGGUAUGUAACAGCGUGGUUAAAUGGUGCUUUUGGUAAGGGGGCAAAGGCAGGACAGGUUGCAGGACAGAUUGCAGUUGGUCUUCCAAUCUUAAACUGGGUUACCCCAGUUGAGAUUGAGAGGGAGUAUUAA